AGUCCACGCGAAAACCAACAUCGACUCUUCCGUAAAACCGACUACAAAACCAUAUUGAACGAUGAGUUGAAGAGUAAAUGGAACUCCGUUGCUACCAAGGAGCGUGCUUGGCUUAGAUGUAUAGAUACUAAUAAAUCUCAAAAACGCCGUUUGAAGCAAUUGUUUUGUACAGAACGGAAAGAAUUCGAUAAGUUACACAGGAAAGUCAAACGUCAGUUUCAGGCAAAACAAGUGAAUGAUCUACAUGAUAUAUUAGAGCAACCUAACUCAAGGGAUUUUUGGAAGGAUAUCGGGAAUAUAGGAAUCGCUAAUCACAGAACUUCACAUAUACCUCUAUUUGUUAAAGAUGACGACGGAAACAUCAUUAGUAACACACACGAUGUUCUGGAACGUUGGCGAACAGACUACGAAAGUCUAUACGCGCCAAACGACAUAGAAGCUACAACGUAUGAUGAUGAUCACCUUGAGAUGGUGAAGGGUCGUGUUACAAAUAAUACAGUGCCAUUAAACAACAACCAGGAUGUAUCAAACCUCAACGCACCUAUACAACGACAGGAGGUGCUGGACGCAAUAUGUCGUACCAAAGUAGGUAAGGCGGCUGGAGUCGACGGUAUUCCGGCGGAAGUGUUAAAAAACGACGCCUGCGUGGAUAUCAUGUUCUCAUUGAUCAGCUAUUGUUUCGACCAUGGAAUUGUCCCUGAUAAAUGGAAGCAGGGUAUCAUCAACCCUCUUGUCAAACCAAAUAGUACUGAUCCUAUGGACCCUUUGUCUUACCGAGGUAUAACCCUAUUGUCCGUUCCUUGUAAAGUUUAUUGCAAUAUCCUCAACCGUCGUCUUUCUUCCUGGCUAGAGGAAAAUAAUAUUCUACACGACGCGCAGAAUGGUUUUAGGAAGGAUAGAAGUUGUCAGGACCACGUGUAUUCGCUAUACAGCGUCGUGAAAAAUUGCAUCAACGCUAAACAGUCGACCUAUUCAUGCUUUAUAGACCUACGCAAAGCCUUUGAUACGGUCGUCAGGACUGUUUAUGGUAUAAACUUCUACAGACUGGAAUAA